AUGCCACCUAAAUACAAAACUGAACAACAACGCCUCGAGGCCCGAAAAAAAUCAAAGCAAAGAUACUAUGAAAGGCACAAGAUCAACGAACACCUUAAAUCUAGAACACGCUGGCGCAAAGGUCUUGGAGCCACAAAGCCUACUCAACAACUUUUGCUAUCACUGGACCACCUAUGGCUCAACCUAGGGUAUCGGCCAGGUCCUUCCCAAUAUGCAGUCCUUGAGUGCCAGAGCCUCGGGCUAGUCUGUGAUGCUGAUAAUGAAGGAUGGCAAGCUGUGAGGCCGCGUUGUGAAGAAAUGUUAGUAGAGGCACAAGGGCUUCUUUCCGAAGCCCGCGAGCUGCUUGCAAGUUCACUGCGGGCGGAUGGUGCAUGUACAGGGUAUCUUCUUGCAUCUUCUGCAGCUGCUGUUGAUGCUGUGGAAUUGCACUGUGAUGCAUUGGAAGAGGGACUGACAUUGAUGGACGACAGUACAGAUAAAUACUUCGAGCAUCUCCGGAGCGACCAACUCGUGUGGCAGAAGGUGUUAGGGUAG